CGGCCUAUUCAAAAUCAAAUUUUGUAAUUUCGGAAAACAGAGAUGGAGCGUGAUAAACAAGAUCACUUGGCCAUUUCUUCAGACAAAUCUCAAAGUGCGAACUGCAUUAGGGGCACAGAUAGAAGUGGAUCAGUUUCAAAAUUAUUCGGCUUUGGAAAGACAGAAUAUUCGAAGGAGGAACAUUGGGCAAUUCAAGCAGCUUUAAGGCAGCGUCUUGGACCAGAGUUUGUCAGUCAGAGAGCUGGUGCUGGUGGACAAAAGUUGGCCUAUAUUGAAGGAUGGCGUUUAAUCAACUUGGCUAAUGAGACGUUUGGCUUUAAUGGAUGGUCCCAUUCUAUUACAAAUCAGACAAUUGAUUUUGUAGAUCAUGUUGGAGGAAGAUUCUACGUGGGUGUGAGUGCUAUUAUUAGAGUAGAGCUCAAGGAUGGGGUCUAUCAUGAAGACAUAGGCUAUGGAGUUAGCGAAGGAAUGAAAUCAAAGGCUUUGGCAUUGGAGAAAGCUCGUAAAGAAGCUGUUACCGAUGGGCUCAAGAGAUCUCUCAAGAGCUUUGGGAAUUGCCUAGGGAAUUGUCUGAAUGACAAAACAUAUCUCCGAUCAAUCGGGAAGGCACCAAAAAUGCAAGAAACGCUUCACGACAUUGUGACAAUGAAGAGGACAGACAUAGACAGCAAUGUACUGAAGGCACGCUACAAACAACCCACCGACUCUUCACCAUCAAAUCACACGCUCUGUGCCCAAGGUGGCGCAAGCGGUGGUCAGUUCACCCCUCCCAUGCCCGUCCAUCAGCAAUCGAGAACCUCAAGGCCCGUUUCCACAUUGGUGAGUCCAUCGAGUGCUGAUAAUCUCGGUGGUGGCAGUGUGAACAGGACCCCUUCCGGUGCAGGGAUUCCCCCUACAGGUCUGGGGAAUCCCCCUAGUUCAUCAGUGAUGAGUCGGAAGGCUGGUAACCAGGCAGGAAGCCCGGGAGUGGGGGCAGCUGGAGGCAUGGAGACCCCUAAACACGACGGGAGAAAGGCCAACUUGCAGCAGUCGGUGGAUGCCUCUCCAAUGUGCGUGCUGACUGAUGUCAUUAUGAAUGACAAGAAGUCCGCUCCAGAGACAGGUGGCUCCAAUACAGAUGACCAGCUGAGACUUAGAAAGCUGAGACAACAACAGAAGCAACAAGAAUUCAGGGAGCAGAUGAAACGCAAACAGCAGCAGGGCCAACAGACAUCCAUAGGAACUUCAAAAAAUGUCAUGCAGCAAAGUGAGAAGGAUGUUGCACCCAUCCUAGAAAUCGAUGACAUGCCAUUCCCUCUUGCCACAUCAACCCCACUUGACACAGUGAUUCUUGGAGGCCAGUCUUCUUCCACAACCACCACCACCACUACAACACCUGUUACGGGAACCGUUACAAGUGCCUCUGCUUCGGCUGCUGCUGCCCAACUGUUGGGUGAUGAUGAGAAUUUAUUAGCCGAAGAUGAUCCAGACUUCUGGGCCUCCCAGUGCUUCCUCGAUGCUGCCGAAGCCAUCCCGGUGGGACAGACCAACGCCAACAGCUCCAGCACCACCACCAUCCAGCAGCAACCCACUGGACCAGGGAGGGGGUGUGGCCUUGGACCGGGUCAGCAAAAAGGCCAUGGUGUCUUCCAGCAUUCCAAGGGGAUUCCCCAACAUUCUAAGGGUAUUCCCCCGCAGCAGCAGCACCACAACCUCGGGGGUGGAGGCGGUCUAGGAAAAGAGAACGCCUCUGGGGGACGGGUGGUUACCAGGUCCGGAGGCAACAGGCAGUACGGUGGAGAUGGUGGAGCUGCAGCAAUGAAAAGAAGAAAAAUGGAUACCAUGUAAGGAGAAACUACACCAUACUUCAGCAAGGGAAAGUGUUGAUCAAAGUUGAAAUUACACUUAUAUUUAUGCACAACAUUCCAUAAUGACAUGAACAUGAUUUUAUUCUUACCUCAUUAUACCGAAGAUUGGUUUCCAGACAAAAGACAUUAUACAUAAGUGCUUAUCAGGGUCCUACUUCCAAGGACUUGCUAUAAUGAACAGUUUUUAUAACAAGCUUAUUAUCAGUCAAUCAAAUUGAAUGUCAAUAACUUCAGACCGUUUGAAAAUUUGUUAUUAAGACAAAUUUUAUGAAACCAUUCCUAUAUGUAAAUAAUGGUAUUGAUUAAUAAUUAUUGAUUUCCUCUACCUUUUUAAGAAUAUUUUUCCAUAGGAAAAGGUGACAUUGGUAGACUGACUUAUUGUGCAAUGUUUGUGAUUUCCCCAUCUGUUUGAGUGCAUGCAGAUUGCUUGACAAACCAUGACAGUAUAAAAUCAAGAACAUUUGCCAGCACUGGUAUUGCCAAGCACAUAUAUAGAUCCAGAGUUAUUUUUUCAAAAGUGGAGUGUUGUUGGACUAAAAGGAGUCAUAAUCAUAUGUACAUGAUGCUUAAUUGGCAUAUUUCCAAAGAUUUACUCAUUUUGAUGUGAUCACUUUAAUCUUUCAUGUGUAAGUGUCAUGGUCUGGUGUUUAGACUCUUGCCUUCAAUCAAGUGGUCAUGGGUAAGUCUGCAAGCAGAGACUCAUAUUUGGCACUUGAACCAAAACCAUUUCUAGAGUGAAGACUAGACUCCAAACUCUUCUUGUCUGUGUCCUUGCUAGAGCCAGACACAGUCUCACUGAAACUAGUCUCGCUACUUCAGACUUUGCAUAAUGCAGAAUUGCAAAAACCAGGGUUUGUGCCUUGCAGACUAGCCAUUGGUUUUGAUUUCC